AUGAACAGAAUUUGCAUAAAAGAGUUGCAUUUGAAUGAAGUGUUGGACACAAGACAUGAAGACAUCAAUGAAUCCCAAAGUGUGUCUCAAAUCUAUAGCAAAGACUCUUUGGACAGAUUUGGCGACGAUUUGUGCGAAGUAUUAGUGAGUUAUCUGUCACUCGAACAGCGCUUCCGAUUUGAAUGUCUUUCCAAACGGUACCAGAGAUUGCUAUUCACUGCACAGAUAUAUGACAACAAAAUGAGUCAAUACUUAUUGAGUCAUGUAUUGAGUGCUGAAGAGUUGAGUGAACUGUCGGUUGAAGUGAAGACCAAAUUGGAGACACAUUUGAUGGCAAACCAGAAGACUAUUCACGAAAUGAAGACUGAACUCAAGAGUUUGAGAUCAAAACUAAAGACAAAUGAAGGGAUUGUCAAUGAAUUGAAGACACGAUCGCCAGAAAUGAAGGAAUUAAACGAUCAAUAC